AUGAACCUCCUGCUCCUCCUCGCCGCCCUCUGCCUCUCCCUGGCCAGCGGCUUGAAAAGGGUGGCCCUGACGCGGCAGCGCUCCCUGCGGCAGUCCCUGCGGGAUCGGGGGCAGCUCUCCCACUUCUGGGAAGCCCACAGGCUGGACAGGCUCCGCUAUGGCGAGGACUGCACUGCCUUCAGCACAGCCAACGAGCCUCUCAUCAACUACUUGGAUGUAGAGUAUUUUGGGCAGAUCUCCAUCGGGACCCCCCCCCAGAACUUCACCGUGGUCUUUGACACAGGCUCCUCCAACCUCUGGGUGCCAUCAGUCUACUGCAUCAGCAAAGCCUGUGCUGUGCACGCCAAGUUCCACCCAUCACAGUCCAGCACAUACCAGAUGGUAGGGACCCCCUUCUCCAUCCAGUACGGGACCGGCAGCUUGACGGGGGUCAUCGGAUCUGACCGAGUAGCCAUCCAAGGCCUCACCGUGAACAACCAGCAGUUUGCAGAGAGCAUCAGUGAGCCAGGAAAAACCUUCCUGGAUGCAGCGUUUGAUGGGGUCCUGGGGCUGGGUUACCCCUCGCUGGCCGUGGGCGGGAUCACCCCUGUCUUUGACAACAUGAUGGCCCAAAACCUGGUGGAGCUGCCCAUGUUCUCUGUCUACCUGAGCAAGAACUCUGAAGUCUCCAUGGGAGGAGAGCUGCUUUUUGGUGGCUUUGACCCCUCCCACUUCACAGGGACCCUAAACUGGGUGCCUGUCACCAAGCAAGGGUACUGGCAGAUCCAGUUGGACAACAUCCAGGUGGGUGGGACAGUGGCUUUCUGUGCCAACGGCUGCCAGGCCAUCGUGGACACUGGGACAUCCCUCAUCAAUGGGCCCAGCAAGGACGUAAAAGAACUGCAAAACUAUAUUGGUGCCACACCAGUGGAUGGAGUGUGCACCGUGGACUGCAACAACCUCAGUGUGAUGCCUGACGUCACCUUCACCAUCAACGGGCUCCCCCACACUCUCAGUGCCCAGGCCUACACCCUCAUGGAGUACAUUGAUGGCACAACCAUCUGCACCAGUGGCUUCCAGGGUUCGGAUGUCCCCCCUCCCACAGGACCCCUCUGGAUUUUGGGUGACGUGUUUAUCCGUCAGUUUUACUCUGUCUUUGACCGUGGAAAUAACAGGGUGGGCUUUGCUCCCGCAAUCCCUUAGGGCUGGGACAUCCAGGAGGGGAAUGGAGCUGCAUUUCACUGCUCCAUCAGCAGCCCUGGAGGUGAUGAAGGCACCCCAGGGGGCUGCAGCUGAAGAACCCAGCAGAAGUUCACUCCAC